AUGGCGCCUCUCAUCGCCAUCGAAGAACAUUACCUCUCACCCCUGGUCGAAGACGGGCAGGGCAAGCAGAGUUUCUUCCUCAACAAGGCCUUUGGGCCCGCUGUGCUGGGCAAGAUGGUCGACAUCGGUCCAGCCAGGCUGCAGGACAUGGCCAAGGACUCUGUGGCGAUGACGGUUCUCUCUCAUCUUCCCGCCCGUAUCGAGCCGGAACUCUGCAAGGCAGUCAACGAUGACCUGCAUUCCAAGAUCACCCACCACCCAGACCAGUACGCCGCCUUCGCUGCCUUGCCAAUGCAUGACCCUGCCGCGGCCGCCGAGGAGUUGCGGCGCAGCGUGCGGCAGCUCGGCUUUGUCGGCGCUCUCAUAGGAAACCACCUCGAAGACGGCAGCUUCUUUGACACGCCCCAGUUCGAUCCCCUCUGGACAGCGGCAGAGGAGCUGGACGUCCCGAUUUACCUGCACCCAGCGUUCCCGUCCCAGGACGAGUCCAAAGUCAACUUUGAAGGGCCAUACGGCCCAGGAGUAGCCGCAGUGCUUGGCGCGUGGGGAUGGGGCUGGCACUCCCGGACCGGCCUGCACUUCCUCCGCCUGUUUGCCGCCGGGGUGUUCAACAGGUUCCCGAAGCUCAAGAUCAUCCUCGGCCACAUGGGCGAGAUGCUCCCCUUCAUGCUUGACCGCACCGUCAAGGCUUCUGCCACAUGGCCCGCCUCCGAGCCCAAACGCGGGCUGAGGGAGGUGUGGGACGAGAACGUGUGGAUUACGACGAGCGGCAUGUUUUCGCUGGCGCCAAUGGCUUGCUUGCUGCAGGAGACGAAAGUCGAGAGGAUCAUCUUCAGCGUCGACUAUCCGUUGUGCGACAACGGGCUGGGAAGGGAGUUUAUGGAACGGUUGAGGGGCAGUGGACUUAUCAGCGAGGCAGAGUGGGAGGGAAUUGCGUGGAAAAAUGUCAAGGAGCUCCUGAGGUUGAAGUUUGAGCCGAAGCCAUGA